GCCUCCCAACUAUAUAUAAGUCCGAUUCCUCGAGGACCGUGCAGAACAGACAGACACAAACUGAGUGACAUCGUCUAAGGCAGACCAUGGCUAACACAUUUUGGAUUAUAGCACUUUUGUGCAGCGUCGCGUUGGCGCUACCGGUUGAUGAGAAACCGACGGAGAAGGUGGAAGUAGCGCCGGAAGUGGUCGAUCCUAUCAUCGAGAAGCAACUUCCCCCUGCGGAUGGAUCGGAUAUCCAGGAAAAUAACUCUAAGCAGGGAAUUGAUUUGGAGACGGCCAACACUUUGUGGGGUGGAUACGGAGGAUACGGCGGUUAUGGAGGCUACGGAGGUUACGGAGGAUAUUACAGGCCCUACUAUGGCGGUUACUACAGGGGUGGCUGGGGCGGCGGAUGGCGCAGAGGAUGGGGCGGAUGGGGAGGUCACUAUUUCGGUUAAGAAGGUGCAAUGCUCGUAGGGUUUCGGGGUUGGGAAUUGGAAUUUCAAUCCAUAGUAGGCGCAUGCAGCGAAAGGCCUCUCCGCAGAUUCAAACCAUUAAGUUUUUCUUAACCUUUACAUAGGUACUUACAACUUAAGUCACUUACAGAAGCCAGUCGUCGUAGAUCUGCCUAUUGCGUGUGCGUCUAUUUUUGAAAAUUGUAAUAUAUAUAAAUAAUCU